CUCGCCGCCGCCGCCCCCUCCCGAUCCAGUCCUCCGUCUCACCCCCCUCCUCUCCCCUCAACCAAGGACGACGGAGAUCUAGUCCUCUCCCCGCGCGGCAACCCUUCCUCCCACCCACCGCCGACCUCGCCGUGCUCCUCACCCACCGCCCACCUCGCCCUCCCUCCCCUCACCAUCUCUCCCUACCCUCUGCCCUCUGCCCCCUGCCUCGAUCCCCCAGAUCCAAUCGACACAACCCCGCCGCCCCCGCACCCCGUACUGUCCACCAUGGCCGCCUCCUCCUCCUCCUCGCUCCGGAUCCCCGCCCCAACCCACCACCCCGCCGUGGGGGCGCGUCCGCGGCGGCUGCCCUUCCACGCCGUCUCCGUCCGCCCCCGCUGCUCCGCAGUCUCCUCCGUCUCCGCCUCCUCCCCGUCUUCGUCUGCUUCUUCGUGGGUUGAAUGAAUUGAUUGAUCGUGCAUGUGGUGUGGUGUGGCAGUUACAUGACGAGCCCGGAGCUGGACGAGGGCGUGGUGUAGAGGGAGCCGGCGGCGGCGUCGUGUGACGGCGGGGUGGCCGUGCAGGCGAGGGACGGGGUGUUCACGUGGGACGACGAGGAGACAGAGGCCGGGAAGGAGGUGCUUCGAGGCAUCGACCUGGAGAUCCGCAGCGGCAAGCUGGCCGCGGUGGUUGGCAUGGUCGGGUCCGGCAAGUCGUCGCUGCUCGGCUGCAUCCUCGGCGAGAUGCGCAAGGUCUCCGGCAAGUGAGAAUAAUGUAUGACAAAAACUCUGGAAGGUCAAGAGGCUUUGGUUUUGUCCAGUUCUCAAAUAAUUCUGAGGCUAAGUGUGCCAAGGACGCUAUGGAUGGAAAGCAUCGCAGAAAAGGACAAGGUGGUGAACCCGUUGUUCGAGAAGAGGCCGAAGCAGUUCGGCAUCGGUGGCGACCUGCCGCCCAAGAAGGACCUCCACCGGUUCGUCAAGUGUCCCAAGGUCAUGUGCAUCCAGUGCCAGCGCCGCAUCCUCAAGCAGCACCUCAAGGUGCCCCCCGCGCUCCACCAGUUCACACGCACCCUCGAUAAGAACCUCGGCCAUUGUUGUGAAGGCCGCCAAGGGAAGGAGUGGGGGAUUUGGCACAAGGCCGGUGAUCGAGUCUAUGCUCUCUCCUCCAUGGAAAGACCUAAAUUCAGCUUGACAGAGAGCACACGAAUGGUUUCAGCUUGACAGUGGGUGAACUAAGCCAUUUUUAUUUAAUUUGCUCUCUACCGCCAAAGCCAUCAUUGUGAUCCUGCUGCCAUCAAGUCUCUGUUUCUUGUCAGUUGUUAGCUUGAAUUAAUACAUGUUCAUAUAGCUAAUUUGCUGCUAUUGUGCAUAAAAUUCUAGGAAGGUCUGGCUGCAAGUUCUGGCUGUAGUGUGCUCUCAUGUUGUACAUGGCCCUAUGUUUAGUAAGAUUAAAUUGCUACUAUUAAUGAUGAAUGUUUGAGUUUUGAAAUUUGAAGCAUCACCUACUUUCUGGUCCUGUAGUGUUUAAAACUGAUAAUUAUGAUGCAUUGGUCCAUAUGGCCUUGGCUUUUAAUGCCAUACACAUUCUAGUGCCAGAUCCAGGACCUGAUCUUAGCAUUCAAGCAUACCUGACAAUGGUCUGAUCCUAGCUAUAGAAUGUAGGGGACAAUAAUUUGCAGCAUUAAUUAGGUCCUGCUAUAGUCUUUUUUAAACUUCUUAUGAGAUUGAAGCAUUUGUUCUGAUUUCUGGUUUGCUGGUUUGCUGAUUGUUGUAGACAAAUGUAUGAAACUUCGUAGCUGUGGACGACAACUACUUCCUUGAGAAGGACCAGCAUCACCCAUCAAGUAUGCCAUCGAGGGCGACGGCCGAAGGCAUGAUUAUAGUUCUAUUGCUGUUCUAGUGUAGCGAAGGUGGCCUAGUCGACUAUGGUCGCCUAGUGAGUCGUGCAUAUGGUUUCAUCUGACUGUAAACUUGAUGUAAACUGCUCCUAUUGUGGAGCUUGUUAUCUGAUUGUAAAGAGUUAAUUGUACAGAAGUACCACAAUUAGGGCAUUGGAAGCAGAUUGGUACCAAGUUUUGUAA